AUGUCACUGUCAGGAGACAAUCCUUGCCAGAAUAGCAACGAGAUCAAAGAGUUGAGCUCUGGGGAUCGCACAAUCAAUUACGAUUCUUCCACGGAUAAGUGCGACUUAACAGACUCUGAGAUUGGUAGUGAUUGGUCAAAAUGGUACAAAAUAACUGGCAACGCGGGGAAUGCCCUCCGAGUGGCCACUCCACCUAGAGAAAGGUGCGGUGGACAAGCCCAAGGUUACCUUACAGAAAACCAUCCCGUACCUAGUGAUGGUGUGGUAAACCGACAAGUGUGUAUUCAAAAUCCAUCAAAUUCGUGCAAACGCAAAUCUCCGAUACGAGUCGUAAACUGUGGUUCAUUUUACCUGUAUCAACUCCAAACAUUAAGAGACAACUGUGGCCUUAAUUGGCGCUACUGCACGAACGGUAAAGGUAAGAAUUUACCAAUUAAAUGUAAUCAUAAUCAUAAUCAUAGCCAUAACCAUGAUCAUGAUCAUAUUCAUGGCGUUGAAGCUUGUAUUGAUGAUUAUUGAUAUCCUCUACAAAUGCAGAGACCAGCUCCCUGGGAGAUAACGCGGGGAUUGAUAUUAGAUAGAAUAGCAAAGGCGCGCCUGUUUAGUAGCUUAGGGCACCCAGAAGUACUGCUUAUCUCAACGUAAAAGGCGGGAUAACAGUUUUCGGAUAAAUUUAGGUUUCUGGGAAACUGCCCACCUACCCUUCCCUUAAGGCUAACAUUAACACUUACUUCUCACUUAGGGCAAAAUGACGGCUUAGGGGAGGGUAGGUGGGCAGUUCUCCAGAAACCUAAGUUGAUCCCAAUUUUCAACAAGUAUGAAAAGGGGCUAUAUUACGACAUUUGCUUUUACUUAAAGAAAAAUGAAGGUCACCUGACCAGGGCUUGUGACACCCGUCAGCUGCUUAGUGGUAGUUCAAACCCAGGGUUGGGGUUAAGAUCCUAACGUUAAAACAACGUCUGGAGGGUGAGUAACUUAGCUCAGGAUCAGGCUUAACUUAGGGUUACGUCCUAGGUUUACGGUAAGCCAGGUCACGUGGUAGGCCAUAGUAUCAUACUUAAUCCCCCUAGAUGAACUGGCCCUCAACUAUUGACUGUCACUAGUGGUUCUAACUCUACCUCUCUUGUCUAGUUUUGAAAAUCACUACCCUCUCAAGUUAGCAUGUAUGCAACUUUUACCUUUAAACUAAAUAUUGGCCAGCAACUAGUACCCUCCCCACAGAUCUUGAUGCAUAUGUUUUUUUUUAAGUCUUAAGAUAUUUUAUGAGUAGUUGAGGAAUCAAAACUAUCCACAGUAAGAAAAAAUGAUGUUUUGAAUAACCCAUUGACGGCCGUGCCGGCCAAAACAGGCAAUACAAGAGUUAAAACUCCACUGCUUUUAAACUCUGUAACUUUCUCAAUCGCGCGAACACUGUCUUACCCAUAAUUUGCGAGCAUUGAGUAGAAUGUCCUUCAAAUUGAGAUAUCCAAUAAACGUAAAAAAAAAAAAAAGUCAGCGCUUUCUGCAGAAUAUCACCGUUUGAAUUAGUUCGACGAGAAUGAAAAUUUAACGUCCUAGGAAAACGAAAAAAAACAAUUUUUUCGCUUUCAGGAUUUUUAAUAAGGUCAGCAUUCAAAGUAAAAUUCAGUCCUUUUCCUAAGUUAGAAAUGACUUUUUGUUCUUAUUGGUUUCCUGGCCCCAACUAAAGCCUUUGUUUUUUGUGCAUCCUGGCCUUGCCCCGACUGUUUCAACAUCACGACUGCACUUAGCCUCUUCGCAAACGUUCUUAGGGCUUCGUCACGCUUUCCUUCCCCACAAACGUCUGGUGAAACAAGUAACCAUUUCCGUUCGUAGAUACGGACGCAUCAAACAGAAGCCAUGGUUCAAUUUUUAUCAGUAAGGUAAAAAGCGCCGUUGUGCCUCUUGCCGGCACAUAGCGGAUUCUUUCCUUUUCAGCUGAUGUCGAACCUCCUUGUCAAGGUGGCGUAUUUGAGUGUCUGACUUUUUGCCUCAGGGAUAUUUGCGUGAUUAAUAGCCAAAAGGGAGGAUUU